AUGGCUUCGACGCGUCCUCCGCCUGAGUCGCGGAGUAACCCUGAUAUCCCUCCGUCAUCCGACCGGCCAAUGAACCCCUCAAAGCAGCCUGCUGGUCUCCAACCGUCGCCAUUGCCUCGCGACCCUGUCGAGAAUGUGUCUUCAACUUCAGAUUGUGUUCUGAAUCCGCCAUCCAGCAGUGCUCAUGGUCCCUCACCUGUCAAGGGCCGUCGUCGAACAAGUUCUUCUCAUCCAGGACAAGGAAAAUUGAAUUUCGUAUCCAUCACAGCUCCCUCGCCUCCGAUGUUCACAACCGAUUCCCCUACCAAGAAACCCCCCUCCGCCGAGAAUCAUCGUCGAACCCCGUCAUUACCUCAGCAAGCUUCUUCUUCUUCUUCUUCUUCCUCCACCCAUGCCAGUGCGCCAUCCGCGCAUACACAGGAGCAACAAUUGAAACCAGAAGCGGGCAACGACGACAGCUUUGCUGAUUUUCCCGAUCCCACGUGCGAGGUUAAACCUCCUCCGAAGAGGACCCUCAUGGAGUCCGCUCCAUUGAAAGAUCGACCUGCGAAGAAACAGAAACGAGAGGAACCAUCCAAUUUUACGCUUCCUGAGCCUCACGAAAUGCCUCCUAUCGAAGAUGAUGGCACCAAGCCUCCUUACAGCUAUGCGACCUUGAUUGGCAUGUCAAUCUUGCGCGCCCCGAAUCGAAGAUUGACGCUCUCGCAGAUUUACAAGUGGAUCUCCGACACGUUCUCGUUCUAUCGAUCUGGUGAUACGGGCUGGCAGAACAGUAUUCGACACAACCUCAGUCUGAACAAGGCAUUUGUCAAACAGGAACGCCCGAAGGAUGAUCCAGGAAAGGGAAAUUACUGGGCGAUCGAGCCCGGUAUGGAGGCGCAGUUCCUCAAGGAUAAGCCUGUCCGUCGAGCCACAAUGUCAAGUAUGCCCCUUCCUGCGUCAUCCGGGCAGAAGGAGUCGCCUUCAUUUACUCCAAAUUCUGGAACAACUAUGUGGAGAGUCCCUCCGCCCCAGCCUUCAUCCAACCAAGCUUCCCAGGCCAGCAAAACCCAGGACCUAUCCUCUGACGCGACCCUACCUGCUUCGGAUCCUGCACUUCAGGAUGACAGUGGCGAUGAAGGCGUCUGCGUUGCGGCCUCUCAAUCUCAGGUCCCCCGUUCCUCCCCCCCUCAGGUCAUCCAUUCGUCUCCCCCUGUCGCCCCCCCACGUUACUUGCGCCAAGGUACUCCGCCUACUCCGUCCCGCCCGACCUCGUCUUCGGCAGCUGCUCCACGCUCACGGAAGCGCCCCUCUGUUGCCAUGAAUGACAGCGGUUACUAUUCUUCACUCGAAUCGUCGGCGCUGAGGUCCAACAAGGCUGGCCAUAUCCUUACCUCGGAUUUGGAUAUCGAACCACCCCGCAUUAAACGUGGCCGUGCGGAAGAAGAGAUUGCGCGUAUCCGGAGCUCCUCCCAUGACAUCAGUCCUAGCCAUUCUACAGCGUCGAAGAAGGAUCCAGCUCCUGGGGCCGGGUCUUCUCCUUUCCGUGGAGAAUAUGUCAGUCUAUUGCCUCCUCCAAUCACCCCGGUGAUCAAGUUCAAGAAGCCUACAAAGCCGCCGCCAUCGCUUUCACCAAAUACCAAUCUGCGUAAUCACCGGAGAAAGAUACAGCAGAUGGUGAAUUCUCCGAUCAAGAGCCUUGGAUUGACUGAUGAAGACCUUCCUUGGAGUCCCGCCUUCAAUAUUCAGGACGAGACAUUCACGCCGAAUGACAAUCAUAAUGUGCAUUUCGAUAUCUUUGCCGAUGAGACCGGCGAGAAUAUCUCCACUCCAGUCUAUAAAUCUCCCACAAAGCGUUCCGGCAAACGGGUUUCAGGCGAGGGGACGGAGGCUUCAGACUCUGUACUAGCUGAUAUCACUGCCGCAAGUGGCAAUAAGCAAAUGGGUCCUGUGUCUUCGAACAAAGCUAAGAGCCUUGAUCUCCCGGAGUCUCCAUCUAAGAUGCCAGAAUCCGCCCAUUAUGUCGAUGCUGCAAAUGAUGACUUUUUCUCGUUCAGUCUCUUCGAUGACAGCCCUGGCGAUGUGGAUGGUGUUGACCUUUUGCAAGGGUUUCAGAAAAUUGGUGGAGCGAACAAGGAUGAGUCUACCUCCAAAGGACAUGGACUCCAUUCCCACCUUACUCCUCACAAUAACACUUCUUUCUUCUGA